AUGGGGAAUUGGAGAGAAAGAGGUUGUUAUACAGAGGUGAUUCCUUUCACAGCCAUGAUUACAGUGGAGUGUACCAACGUUGGUUUGAGCACCAUCUUCAAAGCGGCCACCUUAAAGGGUUUGAACUUUCACGUUUUCAUGUUAUAUACCUAUGGGAUUGCAGCUAGUCUCCUCCUUCCUCUUUGCUUCUUCUUCCGCAGGAAAUCUGAUCUUCCUCCUUUAAGUUUUGGUAUCCUUGCUAGAUUUUUCUCCCUCGGGAUUCUUGGCUUCGUAUCUCAAUAUCUUGGAUACGUAGGAAUUGAGUAUAGUACUCCAACACUGGCUUCUGCCAUGACCAACCUUACACCGGCUUCAACAUUUGUCCUCGCAGUGCUCUUAAGGAUGGAAAAGCUAGAAAUGAAAAGCUUGAGCACCCAGGUUAAGAUAAUUGGGACUCUAAUAACGAUUGCCGGAGCCCUACUGGUGGUUCUCUACGAAGGUCCUGUGCUGAUAAGGAGCCCUACAGCUUCAGCUUCUGUUUCUGAACAACAGCCAGCAAUAGCCAUGAUCACUGCCGGCGCUGAACAAUCGGAUUGGGUCAAAGGUGGUGCCCUCCUCGCUGCUCAAUAUGUUAUGGUCUCUCUUUGGUAUAUUUUUCAGGCCAAGGCUGUUGCGAGGUAUCCAGCAGAACUAGUUGUGGUCUUCUUUUACAACCUAUCAUGUAUGAUCAUUGCAGCACCAGUUUGUUUAAUCGAGGUAUCAAAUUCCAGUGCAUGGAACAUAUUCAAACCUGACGUGCGGUUGUACUCGGUGUUGUACGGGGGACUUAUGGGAUCAUGCUUCGGUGUUCUUGUCCACACCUGGGGUUUACACAUAAAGGGUCCUGUAUAUGUAGCUUUAUUUAAGCCAUUAUCAAUUGCCAUUGCUGCAGUGAUGGGCUUCAUUUUUCUUGGCGAUGAUCUUUACCUUGGAUGCUUGAUCGGGUCCUUGAUCAUAUCCUUUGGGUUUUACGUGUUGAUGUGGGCAAAAGCACAAGAAGUCAAUGGCCAGACAUCACAAAAGCGUGCUGAGUUUGUGGAAUCUUCCGCUGAAAAUGCUCCAUUAUUAGAGGCAUACCAUGGUUCAACAAGCGAAGAGUUUCAAACUGCGACUGUUUGAAUAAUUAACCAAACGCAA